AUGCCUGCUCCAACAACACAGCAAAGAACAAAUAAAAAUGAAGCACGACCAUUUGAAGUCUUAGAGUUUCCAGCUUCUCCAACCGAGACGACUACUCGACAACCACUUAAAACCACGACAACAACCGCUGAUCUUCAUUUGCUGGCGGGAGAGAGUCCAUUAUCUACUCCAUCUUCUCCAUCUACUCCAACAUACGACUCUUCCGACGAAUACUAA